CUCUGACCCAUUUCAAAAAAUUAAAAACGUAAAAGGCGCAAGAUAUGUGAGAAUUCUGUAUUGUAUACAAAGUAUUGUUCAUAAUUGGCACCUUACAAUGUCCGGGUUCAAUUUUGGAAACACAGCUGGAGGCACAGGUGGUGGAUUUAGUUUCUCAACACCAGCUAAAACAACAGCAUCCACCACAGGUUUUAGCUUUGGCACUCCCGCAUCAACAGCGGCAGCCACAACGCCUGCAGCUGGAGGUUUUAGUUUUGGAGCUGCUCCAGUUGCAGCUACCACUACCACCAGUGCUGGAACAGGUUUCAGUUUUGGAGCAACUCCAACAGCAGGGACUGUUGCAUCAACUGCAAGCACAACCGGAGGAUUUGGUUUCAGUGCUACAGCUUCAAAACCUGAUGCCCCAAGUGGAUUGAGCUUUGGAUCAACACCUGCUGCAAAGCCGAAUCAAAGUACUGGGUUUGGUGCCAGUGUACUGACUGCUCCUGCCCCUGCAUCGACAGCACCUGCAUCAUCUGGUUUCUCUUUUGGAACUCCAGCAAGUCAGUCAUCUGCUCCUGCCACUGGGUUCACUCUGUCGACGCCACAAAGUGCUGCAGCUGUGAAACCCACUCCCACUCUUCCUGCAACCACAGCUGCUCAGCUGUCAUUUGGUGGCUCUAAGAUUGGGACAGCCACACCCCAGGUACCUGCCCCAACUGUUAGCGCAGCACCGUCACUAGGCUUAACCCUUGGAGCCCCAGCCGCAACAGCUACUACAUUAAACCUUGGCACUGCAGCAUCUCAAGCAAGCACAGCAGCUGGAGGGCUGAAAUUAGGAACAGCAGUACCAGCCACAGGGGGUCUAUCGCUAGGGGCCCAGAAGACAACAGCUUCUACAGGAUUUGGAACUACAACCAAUACAACCUCCAGUAGCCUCUCUACCACAACCACUACAACUGCGGCUAAUGCUGCAACACCCUCUAUGAACUACAGGCAGUUAGAAGAGACUAUCAACAAAUGGAAUCAUGACUUAGAGGAACAGGAAAAGAACUUCUUACAACAAGCCACACAUGUUAAUGCAUGGGAUAGAUUACUUAUAGAGAAUGGUGAAAAGAUAACUACAUUAAACACAGAUGUUGAAAGAGUAAAGGUUGACCAACAGAGACUUGAACAUGAGUUAGACUUCAUCCUUGCCCAGCAGAAAGAACUAGAGGAGCUAUUAGGACCUCUGGAAAAAUCAACAGAACAACUCCCAGCCAUUAGUUAUCAGCAGCAUGCUGACUUAGAGCGGGAACAUACGUAUCAACUAGCAGAGAAUGUAGAUGGCCAGUUAAAACGUAUGGUACAAGAUCUGAAGGAAGUCAUAGACCACCUUAAUGCUAACAGUACGAACCAAGCCUCUACUGACCCGAUCAGCCAGAUAGCCAAAAUCUUGAAUGCCCAUAUGGAUUCCUUGCAAUGGGUUGACCAGAAUACAGUUCUGCUACAGAGGAAGGUGGAAGAUGUUGCUAAGCAAGCAGAACUAAGAAGAAAGGAACAAGAGACAAGCUUCAGAUUGGCGUAUGACUGAUAUAUGGACAUUGUAUAUUGUAGCUACAUGUACAUAUGACUGAUGCCUGGACUGCAGAUAAAUGCAUCAUCCACUAGGAUGCAGUCUAGCACAUAGCCUAGGCAACUGAAUCCUGUAAUGAGAUCAAUGUGUGUGACAUAAUCAUUACUGGAAAUAACAUAGCUACCCCCUUUCCAAUUGCAUUCAGAAAAAAUCUGACCUAUCAUUUCUUGAACAUUAAGAUUUUAUGAAACUGUUUAAAACAUGGCAUUAAAUAAUCUUUUCCAAAAGAUUUAUCAAAAUUGGCAUUUUCUAAAAAAAUUAGCGAAAUAUGAAAAAAUUGGGUCCAUUGAAAGAAGCUGGUUACAGGUAUGGCUAACAUGCUAACAACGCUUGUCUGAAAUACACACAUGAUUUAGUAAUAAAUGUAUAUAAAACUGAAUAGAAAGGGCGUAGUAGAUCCAUACACCAAAGCCUGUUAUUGAAUGACAACAGAUAAUUGAGAAAGAUUACUUUCACGCAAUAGAUAAAUAGCUUAGUAUGAGACAAUGUUGUAAAAUAAUAAAUUACUAAUGAAAAUAUUUGUUAUCUAGUUUGUAAUAAUUCUCAAACAUGCAUUUAAGGUUAUCAGCUGGUCAUAUAUUUUUUCAAUGUCACCUGGAAUACAUUUGCAAACAAACUGCUUUUAAAAAUGAUAAAUGUACAGAGUUGGGGUUAAGUUUCAAUAACUUGUAUACUCCAUUCAUAAAUUACUUCUUAUUUUAAAUAAAAUUGCAAAGAAAAUCAUAAACUGACCAUCUUACUACAUUAACUGCAUCAAAUAUAGGCAGGUUUACCAGGCCAGGCCCAUAGCCUGAUGGGUUCAAGCAAACCCCCCACUUGCCAAAAUAUCUUUCAAAAUCAUGCAGUUUUUU